AUGAUGGAUGCGCGACCUGUGAACGUAGGGUUGGGUUCAGCGCCCGCGCAGCGGGGCGUGAAGAGACAGCGAGACUGGAGCGAUAAGCCAACUCCAAAGUCUGGUUUCUGCGAGCACGGUCGUCGGCGCUCUCGGUGCAAGGAGUGCGGCGGAUCAGCAAUCUGCGAGCACGGUCGUCAGCGCGCUCAGUGCAAGGAGUGCGGCGGAUCAGCAAUCUGCGAGCACGGUCGUCAGCGCUCUCAUUGCAAGGAGUGCGGUGGUGCAUCAAUCUGCGAGCACGGCCGCAGGCGCUCUCAGUGCAAGGAGUGCGGCGGGUCUCAAAUCUGCGAGCACGGUCGUCAUCGCUCUCAGUGCAAGGAGUGCGGUGGGUCUCAAAUCUGCGAGCACGGCCGUCGGCGCUCUGUGUGCAAGGAGUGCGGUGGGUCUGAAAUCUGCGAGCACGGUCGUCAGCGCGCUCAGUGCAAGGAGUGCGGUGGUGCAUCAAUCUGCGAGCACGGUCGUGUGCGCUCUCGGUGCAAGGAGUGCGGUGGUGCAUCAGUCUGCGAGCAUGGUCGUCAGCGCAGAUACUGCAAGGAGUGCGGUGGUGCAUCAAUCUGCGAGCACGGUCGUCAGCGCGCUCAGUGCAAGCAGUGCGGCGGAUCAGCAAUCUGCGAGCACGGUCGUCAGCGCUCUCAUUGCAAGGAGUGCGGUGGUGCAUCAGUCUGCGAGCACGGCCGUCGGCGCUCUCAGUGCAAGGAGUGCGGUGGGUCUCAAAUCUGUGAGCACGGUCGUCAUCGCUCUCAGUGCAAGGACUGUGGUGGGUCAGCAAUCUGCAAGCACGGCCGUCGGCGCUCUGUGUGCAAGGACUGUGGUGGGUCAGCAAUCUGCGAGCACGGUCGUCAGCGCUCUCGGUGCAAGGAGUGCCACGGAUCAUCGGUUCCUAUCGGCAGUUGGGUUUUUUGA